UUUUCAAUUUGGAUUUGUGUGCUUUCUUCUACCGUCUACAAUGAACGUGAUCUCGGAUUUCGAGAAAAAAAGUGAAUAAAAUGCAAGCUUUUCGAUGUCCAGUAGUUGUAGUGCUUGGUGCAACAGGAGCUGGAAAGUCAAGACUGGCACUAGAGCUAGGAAGAAGAUUCAACGGAGAGAUUAUAAGUGCAGACUCAAUGCAGGUGUACAAAGGCCUGGACAUCAUAACAAAUAAAGUCACACCAGAGGAGCAGGAGCAAUGCCCCCAUCAUGCACUUGGAAUCGUCCACCCCCUACAGCGCUUCACUGUUGUUGACUUCAGGAAUCGGGUCAUUCCACUCAUAGAUGGGUUGGUCAGUAGAGGAAGAUUACCCAUAAUAGUUGGAGGGACCAAUUAUUACAUUGAAGCCUUGCUAUGGAAAGUCCUGUUGACAAAUGAGGAUAAUGGCAGUUCUGAAGGCCUUAUGUUUGAAACCAGGGGUGAUGUUGAGAAAUUGAGACUCAGACGUAGAGUCAUCCAAGGUAAGAGGUCUCAUGGGAACUCAGAAGGGACCCAUCUCCAAGAAAGAACUCUUUCACCCUCACUGAGAACAACACAAGAGCCACGAAGGAAGCAGGAAGAACAAUGUGAUCUGCAAGUUACAAUACCUCCAGGAAAUGACAGUUUUGUGACAAACAACCAAUCAGAACACACUGAUCAUCAUACAUGUGAAGGAUCGGACCAAUCAGGGUUGGAGAAAUCCAGUGACGUUGACCAAUCAAAGGCCAGGACAGAAGUGGGUUGUGACCAUGCAGAACCAAGAUCAAACCAAAUCAAUAUGAGAACUGACCAAUCGCAUGUCUUGUUACCCAAGAUGCAUGACAAUUCAGGUGAAGUUGGCCAAUCAGAAAACCUGAAAGUCCUUAUCCAAAAGGGUUGUGUCAUUGGAGGUGGUACGGAAGAUGAAGAUAUUGAUUUGGAUGUCACUAAGAUGGAUAGUAGCGAGCUUCAUGAACUCCUACAAGAGAUUGAUCCUCUGAUGGCUGAUAGAUUGCACCCUAAUGACAGAAGGAAAAUAAUCAGGAGCCUACAGGUGUAUGAACAGCAUGGAGUAUGUCAUAGUGAUCUUCUCAAGGAACAGAGAAACCAGGAAGGGGGUAGCCAUCUUGGUGGACCUCUCAGAUACAAAGAUCCAUGUGUCUUCUGGGUUCAGACAGAGCAAUCUGUCUUGGAUACCAGGCUUGACAAGAGAGUAGAUAGCAUGAUGAAUGCAGGACUAGUGAGGGAACUGGAAGAUUUUCACAAAGAGUACAAUGAGCAGAGACUAGCUGGUCAAAUCAGAGAAGAAGAGAUGUACACCCAAGGCAUUUUCCAGUCAAUAGGCUUCAAGGAGUUCCACCCGUAUCUUGUCAUUGAUGAGGAUAGGAAGCAGAGGGACGAGGGUCAGCGGUUGCUCGAAGAGAGCAUCGAGAGGCUCAAGACAGCAACCAGACAGUACGCCCGCAGACAGCUCAAGUGGAUCAGGAAUAGAUUCUUGAAGAGAGGCGAAAAUUCUCCGGCUGUCUUUGGGUUAGACUCCACCAAACCUGAAGAAUGGGACCGGAACGUCCUUGAGCCAGCUACCAGGAUUCUAGAAGCAGUUAUGCAGGGCAAGGAGUCACCGAUUUCUCCACUCCCGUGUGAAGAGCGGAAGGUGAAUGACCUUUCCCAGACCUUUGUGUGUGAUGUCUGCAAGGGGAGACAAUUUGUCGGACAGCAGCAGUGGACAGCUCAUCUUCAAUCGAGAAGACACCAGAAGCAGGCGAGAAAGAAAAGACUGAGAGAACUGAUGGAUAAAGAAGGGUCCAAGAAAGGAGCUUCAUUGUCAUCAUCAGUAUCGUCAUCGUAAUCACCAUCGCUGUCAUCGUAAAUGUUACCCUCAUCACCACCAUCCAGGGACAGAAACUCACAUCAACAGUCCACCUGUAAGAUAGUAGUAUAGGCCGAGAUGAUCCCAACAUGAAAGGUGAAAUCGACGAUAACAUUAAUGUGCAAUAUGUUCUUGAUGAUUCAGUGGUCCGGGGAGGUAGGUGGCAUUUCAUAAAUUUGUUUCAAUGGAUCAAACAAAUUUUAGUUGUUGCCAUCUAUUGGUAAAACAAUUAUGAACGAGGUCCCUUGUUGAUACAAGAGAAUAAAUAAUCAAAAGAAAUGCGUUUUUCUCAUAAUUGGAAUUUUAUUAAUUCUACAUACAUGCCAUAAAACAAACAACAGAUUAUGUAACAAUCCAUACAACUAUGCUUCAAAUUGGACGCAUCCGAGAAUGAAUCAACGAUGGUAUGCCAGGCUUCACGAUCUGACAUGAGAGUUGGUAAAUCAUCUAAGAAACGAUUUGUAUCCCUACGUGUGUAAUCAACAAAAUUUAAACAAUCCUUACACUAUGUCAACUAUGCCAUGUAAGUACCACAUUUAUGUCAAGUAACAAAGUAAUAGUAACUGUGUCUUAACAUGUGAAAUGAUCACUUUCAACUUUGAAAUUGAUUAUUCAUCUAAAAUAUGGGAUUACGUACAUGUAUUAAAAAUACAAAUGCUUUUAGUGCCUCUGUAAUUCCCAUGGCAGAGGUAUAUUCUCCCAACUGUGAAGCAGCAUAUUUCUGUGUAAUAUACAUCUACACUGUAUGAAGUAAAGUUUUUUCUGAAAAUUUGAUCUGGGUCCUGUCUUACAAAAAGUUACGUUUGAUCC